AUGUCGAAGCAGAAGACAUACAAAAUAAGUGCCAUAUGUGAACAAGACGUCGAAAAUGUUAUGAAACUUUUGAAAAGAACGUUCUAUAUAGACGAACCCUUAAACCGUACAGUAGGGCUGUGUACAUCAGAGACAGAUCCAUGUCCAGAACUGGAUGAUUACUGCACAAGCUCUUUAUUGGAAGACCUAUCGUUCAAAGCUACGGAUGAUGCCGGCAAUGUGGUUGCGGCUAUCAUUAACGGUGUAUGUCCGUUGAAAGAAGAUGAGAAUGGCAAUGAUCUACUCAGCCAAGCUCAACGAUGUCUAAGCCCCAAAUUUCAAAAGAUUCUAUACAUAUUGGCUCGAAGGGAGAGCGGGGCACGGCUGUGGGAAAAGUUUCCUAACGAUAAACAGGUUGUCGAAGUAAAAGUGGUAGGAACAGACCCGAAUUGGAGGAGAAAAGGAAUUAUGAACGCGCUAUUACAAGAAUCUGAGAAGGCGAUCAAAGAUAAAGGUAUCAGACUAAUCAGGAUAGAUACAUCUAGUGCCUACUCAGCGAUGUCCGCUGAGAGGUUCGGAUAUACGUGCUUUUACAAAGCUCUGUACAAGGAUAUAAAAUUGGAUGGACAACCCCUCAUAGUACCGGAGCCACCGCACGUUGAUGAUAGAGUUUAUAUUAAGGAACUUUACCCUCUA